AUUAUUUCGCCCUUGAUCGGCGGAAGUCCGGCAGAACUCAGAGGCGGUGAAUGAAAUCUUUUGCUUUCCGAGUUUUUUCAACAUCACGAUCUCGAUCUUCACUCCACCCACUUUCCACCCGCUUAUCCCCUGUGUUUACACGGCAGUGAUCCUUUGCGUGAGCCAUUUCUCAAAAGAUUUGGUUUCUGAACUCCGUUUCAUCUCCCUUCACCUCCAUCUACCAAAACCGUCGCAAUGGCUGAGGAAACCGGUGUCGCCUGGCCCAUCGCCGAUGAGGCCCUGAGCCAGCAGCUCCUGGAUCUCGUCCAGCAGGCUACCAACUACCGUCAGGUCAAGAAGGGUGCUAACGAGACCACCAAGACCCUGAACCGUGGUACCUCCGAGCUCGUCGUCCUCGCUGCCGACACCACCCCUCUGCCCAUCAUUCUCCACCUGCCCCUUCUGUGCGAGGACAAGAACGUCCCCUACGUCUACGUUCCCUCCAAGAUGGCUCUUGGCCGUGCUUGCGGUGUCAGCCGUCCCGUGAUCGCUGUCUCCAUCACCACCAACGAUGCCAGUGAGCUCGCCAACCAGAUCCGCGCCAUCAAGAUCCAGGUCGAGCGCCUGAUGAUCUAAGCAGUCGGUCGAGGCUGGAGAUUCGUGGAAGAAUAUCUCAGGAUGGGGUGGGUUUCGAGGUUUGCAUUUUGCUAUGAUGGUGGAUGCAAGAUAUGUUUCGGAAAGAAAACGUUGGCUUUCGUUGCUAGCCCCGCCCCUUGCGAGUGAAGUCUUUAGCUAGAUUUUUCUUCGGCUGGAGGUAUAAAUUCAGAAUCCUUUUUGAGAAU